AUGGCUUCGAAAAUAGUCGUCAUUGGCGAUGUGAAUGGUCAGUUUCGGACGGUUUUCCAGAAGCUGGGCGCACUCCAUGCAAAGAACAACUUCGCCCUGGCUAUUGUUGCUGGCAAUCUCUUCGCAGACGCCCCAGAAGCCAACGGUGUCAACGAUCCUGACGUACAGGCGCUAAUCGACGGUCGCAUCGACGUCCCACUGCCCAUAUACUUUGCUCUUGGCAGCCGCUCGCUUCCAUCAGCAGUCGUUGAUAAACUGGAAACUUCAAGUGACGAACUCUGCCAUAAUCUGUUCUUUCUCGGCAAGCGCACGACGACGAAAACAUCAGAAGGCAUCCGCGUCGUAGCAUUAGGCGGACAAUUAGACGCCAACGUCACCGCAAGUCAAUCCAAAGACAAGUACUCACCCGUCUACGGCGAAGUGGAUGCGAAGACGCUCAGAGGAGCUACGACAGCCGACAUUCUUGUGACUAGUGAAUGGCCAGAGGGCAUCCACAAGCGUUCCAAGGUAGACUUCAACCCAGAGGUACACCCUCAGGUUCGCCAGUGCGUUGCAGAUCUUGACGUGGUCUUGAAGCCCAAGUAUCAUUUCUCUACGUCUGGCGUCAAUUUCUAUGAACGAGAACCCUUCUUCCACGCACCAAAUGCUGAGACGGACAAUCUUUACCCCAUGACUCGAUUCAUUAGUCUUGCAGCUUACGGCAAUCCCAACAAGCAGAAGUGGAUAUACGCCUUUUCGCUCGAUCCGUCCGCAAGCAACCCCAUCUCACCGCCGACCGGAUCUACAGCUUGCCCCGUUACGCUUUCAGAAAAGAAACGACAAGCGCAAGAGCCUCGCGAACAGACGUUAGUCUACGAUGACGGAGGUCGCGGAGGCCGACGAUCCCACAAGCGGCGCAAAGGUGAGCAUCGAGGCCCGAUAUCAGCGUCUGAAUGCUUUUUCUGUCUUGCAAACGAGAACAUCGCAACACAUCUAGUGACAUCAAUUGGCGAGAACUCGUACAUAACCACAGCAAAAGGACCUCUGUCAACCUCCCAGACCUUCCCGCGGCUCGGCUUUCCUGGCCAUAUGCUGAUAAUCCCGUUUUCACAUCAACCAACACUCGGCGCAAUGGAAGAAGAAGAACGUCGCUGCACGUAUGCUGAGAUGCAAAAGUAUCGUACCUCAAUGAAUAGCAUGCUGAAGGCCGCAGCCGAAGAAGACUAUGGUUCGGUUACAUGGGAAGUCAGUAAGUCCAGCUUACCACACACCCAUUGGCAAUACCUACCGGUCACAACGGACCUCAUCCGAAAAGGAUUAGUCGAGGCAGCUUUCAAGGCCCUGGCUGAGAAUUUGCAUUGGCCCACGUUCACAAAAGAAGACGUUGGCGAUGGAUUUGAAGAGACUAGCGACUUUUUUAGGGUCUUGGUCUGGGAUCCCAGAGAUGACACAGCGAAGCAGUCGAGCUAUAUCAUGCGUUUUGAUGAAAAAAUCCGAUUUCACAAUCAGUUUGGCCGAGAAGUACUCGCAAAGUUACUGAGGCUGGAUAAAAGGCUUGACUGGCGUGACUGUGGACAAACGCAAGUUGAAGAAGAGCAAGAUGUGCAGAGAUUCAAGGAGGCAUUCAAGGAUUUCGAUUUCGCCGAUUAA